AUCAGUAAACGGGCAUAUAUAUCAUACAUCUAAGUCAAUAUGUCAAGACCUGAACAACUUGCUCCUCCAGAAGUGUUCUAUAAUGAUACCGAAUCAUAUAAAUAUACUUCAUCUACUCGUGUUCAACAUAUUCAAGCUAAGAUGACCUUACGAGCAUUAGAUUUAUUAAAUUUGAAUAAAGAUCAACCUCAUUUUUUACUUGAUUUAGGAUGUGGAUCAGGGUUAUCAGGAGAAAUAUUAACUGAAGAAGGUUAUAAUUGGAUAGGAAUGGAUAUUUCACCAAGUAUGUUGGCUACAGGAUUAGAUCGUGAAGUUGAUGGAGAUUUAUUUUUAAGUGAUUUAGGAAAUGGUGUUCCAUUCAGAGCUGGUACUUUUGAUGCAGCUAUUUCAAUUUCAGCUAUUCAAUGGUUAUGUAAUGCUGAUACUGCCAAUGUUGAUCCUAAAAAGAGAUUAUUAACAUUUUUUAAUACUUUAUAUUCAUCUUUAAGAAGAGGUGGGAAAUUUGUUGCUCAAUUUUAUCCUAUGAAUGAUACUCAAACUGAAUCAAUAUUAAAUGCUGCUAAAAUUGCUGGUUUUGGAGGUGGUUUAGUUAUUGAUGAACCAGAAUCUAAAAGACAUAAGAAAUAUUAUUUAGUAUUAACUGCUGGUUUAUCUGAAAGAUCAAUUAAUUUAGUUGGUGCUGAAAUGGAUGCUCCAGAAAUUAAGAAAAGACUUAAUAAAAAGCAAAUGAGAAAGAUUGAAACAGCAAAGGAAUUUGUAUCUAGAAAGAAAGAAACUAUGAGAAGAAGAGGUAAACAUGUAGCAGCUGAUUCUAAAUUCUCAGCUAGAAAGAGACGUCCUAGAUUCUAAUUGUAAUUCUAAUACUAAUUCUAAUUCUAUUAAUAUAGUAAUUCUACUAUUCUGCAUAAUUUUCAUACUAUUAAGGUUCUUCUAUUUGUAUAUUAUAUUAUAUUAUAUUUUAAUUUAUUUGGUUAUUUAUUUCUA